CAGUUGAAAGCAGGAGACUGGAGCUUUGUAUAAAUACCAGUGUGGCGCGCGCUGUCAUCUGAACUUGUGGUGUAGCCUAGAGACCGGCGUUCAUCAGCUGCGCACUUUUUCCCCGCGGAGGUGACAACUACAUGCUACAGGUGAGGCGUUUUUCAAUACUGGGCCGAGCCAAACAACAGUGCUAAAAAUGAAGAUCUGUGUCGCUUUUCUUGCGGUAGCUGUUCUUCACAUCACUCAUGCUGUUUGUCCUGAUAAGAUGCCUGGUCUACAUCCAUGGACCCCCGGUCACAACGAAGCACAUCGAGUCACCAUCGGUUACGGCCGUAAAGUCAUCCUCACCUCCUCUGCCACCGUCCAUUCCAUCGAGAUCCUCAACGGAGGGAAACUUGUGAUAGCUGAUACCAACCGACCCAUUUUGCUGCGAGCUAAGCACAUCCUCAUCGGAAACAAGGGCGAACUUCACAUCGGCAGUGAGGAUUGUCCUUACAAAGGCAACCUCACCAUUUCUCUCUUUGGCAGGUCUGACGACACCGAUGAGGUGCACAGUUAUUUCGGUCGAAAGUACAUUGGCGUUGGAACAGGAGGAUCUUUGGAAAUCCACGGAGAAAAGAAGCUGUCGUGGACGCUUCUGAACAAAACGCUCCAUGCUGGAGAAGGCAAUGAGAAAAGUUACCACUUCGAGAGGAGCUGGGGCAACCGAGGCAUCAUCGUUCACGUCAUUAACCAGAAGACCGGAGAGGUGCUGCAUUCUGAUAGGUUCGACACGUAUAGGAGCAAGGAUGAGAGCAGACGGUUGGCCAAGUAUGUAGACGACGUUGAAACUGGGCAGAUCUUGGCCAUGGUGGUUAAUGAUGAAGGAUCCAACAACCUGGAGGAUUUGGCUAAAAAAGCUGUUACCAAGCUGGGUAGCCGGCACUUCCAUCGCCUCGGGUUCCGGCACCCCUGGAGUUUUAUUGCAGUAAAGGGGGACAUGACAUCAUCAGUCGAGGAUCACGCCAUAUAUCAGGGAACCAAGGCUUCGUCUGAAGCGAGGAGCUAUCGUGUGUUUCAGAUGGGCUAUGGGGAACAUUUCACCAUCACCACCACUAGUCAGUGGGUGCAAGAAGCGGAAUGGACCGAGUGGUUCGACCGUGAUGAUGAGAGGGGGUCAGGUGACUGGGAAAAACUUUCCGAACUUCACAAAGCUUUUCCGGAGCGUCUCUGCAGUAAUCCCUUGGAUAUUGAGGCUGAAACUGUUGAUGGCUUCCCUGCCAACACAACUGGAGAAAUCUUCUCCAAGUUUGACAGAAACUACGGCUUCGUAUGUCUCAACAAAGACCAGGUGGACGGGAUCUGCCACAACUACCGUGUGCGGUUCCUGUGCGGCAAGCUCGUGCGACCACACGCCUCCAUCACCAUAGACACCGUGUCUAACUGCAGUAUUCUGGAGCUGGAAGAUGAACCUCACGGUUGGAGAUCUGGCGACAGGAUUGUGGUGGCCAGCACAGACUACUCCAUGCACCAAGUUGAGGAGUUCAAUGUGCUCCCUUGUCCAUCAUGCUUGAGGAAUCAGAUCAAAGUUGAAGGUAAACCAGCGUACCUUCACAUGGGAGAGGAGGUGGAUGGCGUGGACAUGCGUGCCGAGGUCGGCCUACUGAGCCGUAACAUUCGGAUCAGAGGCGAGAUGCAGCCCACCUGUUACGGCAACGAGGCCUGCAAAUUCUUCUCCUUUGACACUUUCGGUGGACAUUUCAAGAUGGAGCGAGGUUUCCGCUCUGUGCAUGUGGAAGGGGUGGAGCUAAAGCACAUGGGUCAACAGUCUAUGGGUCACUACCCCGUCCACUUCCAUAUGAACGGGGAUGUGGACCAGAAGGGAGGAUAUGACCCUCCUACAUAUGUGAAAGAUCUGUCCAUUCAUCACACUUUCUCCCGAUGUGUCACAAUUCACGGCUCCAAUGGCCUGCUGGUGAAGGACAUUGUGGGAUACGACUCUUUGGGGCAUUGCUUCUUCACCGAGGAUGGACCAGAAGAGAGGAACACAUUUGAUCACUGUCUGGGUCUGUUGGUGAAGGCGAGCACACUUCUACCCUCCGACAGAGACAGCAAGAUGUGCCGACACAUAACAAAUGGAGCUUAUCCUGGAUAUGUAGCUAAACCACGCCAGGACUGCAGUGCCACCUCUACCUUCUGGAUAGCUAACCCCAAUAACAAUCUCAUCAACUGCGCUGCGGCCGGUUCCGAGGAAACGGGAUUCUGGUUUAUUUUCCACCACGUCCCCACCGGGCCAUCGGAGGGCAUGUACUCCCCCGGCAAAACCGAGCAUACACCCAUGGGGCUGUUCAUUAAUAACAGAGCUCACUCCAAUUACAGGGCGGGGAUGAUCCUCGACAAUGGUGUAAAGACGACCGAGGCUAAUGCGAAAGACAAGCGGCCUUACCUUUCCCUCGUAGGAGCCAGGUACGGACCACACCAGGAUGCAGACCCCUUUAAACCAAGAGUUCCUGCUCUAAUCCAUCACUUUGUUGCCUACAAAAACCAGGACCAUGGUGCUUGGCUGAGGGGUGGGGAUAUUUGGCUGGAUGAUUGCCAGUUUGCCGAUAAUGGAAUAGGCCUCACUCUCGCCAGCGGCGGGACAUUCCCAGAUGAUGACGGCUCCCGUCAAGAGGUGAAGAACUCUCUGUUUGUGGGGGAGAGCGGGAACAGAGGGAUGCCCGACCAGGAGGAUCAAAGCUGGGGCCCUGGAGGUUCCGAUCAUCUCAGCAGGUCUCUGCCCAGAGGAGUGAACUUCCCUAUACGUGGAAUGCAAAUCUACGACGGGCCGAUCAACGUCCAGAACUGCACUUUCCGCAAAUUCGUAGCCCUGGACGGACGGCACACCUCUGCUUUCGGUUUCCGCCUGAACAACUCGUGGCAGAGUUGCCCCAACAACAACGUCACCGACAUCACUUUCGAUGACGUCCCGAUCACUUCACGAGUGUUCUUUGGUGAGCCGGGUCCCUGGUUCAGCAAGAUGGAGAUGGACGGCGACAAGACAACCAUUUUCCAUGACAUCGAUGGAUCGGUCAGCGAAUACCCGGGUGCUUUCCUAGUCAAAGAGGACAACUGGCUCUUGAGACACCCGGACUGUAUUGACAUCCCAGACUGGAGAGCUGCCAUCUGCAGCGGGCACUACGCCCAGAUUUAUGUCCAGACCCGGAACCCAGCCAACCUUAACAUGAAGAUGGUGAAGGAUGAGUAUCCAGACAAGCCUUUGCAGCUGGUGGGUGCUCUGGGAAAGUGGAACCACUACCAGCAAUUCCAGCCUGUUAUCACUCUCGGGAAAGGAUACACAAUGCAUUGGGACCAAGCAGCUCCUGCUGAAGUCACCAUUUGGCUCAUUAACUUCAACAGAAACGACUGGAUUAGUGUGGGCAUCUGCUACCCUAAAGGCACAGAGUUCACCAUAAUCUCAGACAUCCACAACCGCCUCACCAAAGAGACCAGAAAGACCGGCUCGUUCAUGAAAACCACUCAGAGAGAAAAGAUGGACCAUACGCACCAGACGAGAGGAUAUUACUACUGGGAUGAUGACACUGGGCUUCUCUUCCUUAAAAUCAAAGCACACAAUGAGAAGGAAGACUUUGCUUUUUGCUCGGUGAAGGGCUGUGAAAGAGUGAAGAUCAAAGCCGUUAUUCCUCCCGGCAGCGGCCCCAGUGACUGCAUGGCUGAAGCUUACCCCAAAUACUCCGAGAUGCCUGUCGUAGAUGUGCCUAUGCCCAAAAAACUGCCCCGCUCGAAACUGCCUCGGGUACCAGAGCACUUCUUGGAAAUCAAACUAGAGUCGUAUACGACGCGCUUUUACCACAUCAAAGAGGACUUUUCCUACACUGAGGUCAAUGGCAAGAAGAUCUACCAACCAGAAGACGGAGUGCAUGUUACUGUGAUUGACGGUCACAGCGGGAAAGUUCUGGAGUCUACGGGAUUCAGAAACUCCAUAUUGAUGGGAAUUCCAGCGCAGUUAGAGAACUACAUCGCAAACCUCAAAGACGAGUCGGUGAUUUUGAUCACUUCCAAAGGAAAACUGGUCACCAGGGGACCGUGGACCAAAGUUCUGGAGACCAUCGGAGCGGAGCAGUCGGUAAAGUUAAAAGAUAAGUUAGCUUUUGUUGGCUUCAAAGGCUCGUUCCGGCCGGACUGGGUGAGAAUGAUGGUGGACGAAGAGCGCGUCAAACUCCACCAAGUGCUGCCCAUCCCUGUGGUCCAGACAGUAAAACUGUGAAAACAAGCAACGUACCCCGGAAAAACUCAAAGACUCUUAGUAGCACAACUGUCGGGCGAGCCACCUACGCCCGUGUACACCCACUGAACCCAAACGACCAAUCAGAAUCAAGCAUGUGUUUAUGUGACCUUACAGCCGCUACCGACAGAUUCCAUUCUGUGUGACGACGUGGACAUUAAGUGACGUUUGGAUCGUGUUGUCUAUUGUUUAUACUUGAGUUUUUACGAAGAAAAAACGAACAACAAACAGCAUUCCUCGUUCUUGUCCCUUUCAGUGAUGUUUGCCUUCAUGUUAUUCUAAAAAAAAAUCAAAAAAUAUGUAGAAAAGAGAUUUCUGAUUGUAAAUGUUGUUGUGAGUUUUGUUUGUUUUCUUGUCAUGCAGAAGAGCGUUCGGUCAGUUUUGUUUGUGUUGUACAAGAGAGCCAGCAAAUACCAAAUCAGUCUUAAAUCGACCGAAUUUCAAGAAUGGAAUGGAAACUGAGCAUUGGUAUAUUUUGUCGGUCUUAUCAUACAAUGAUGCAAAUCUGUGAUAAUCUGUGAGAAAUUUGGCAAGAUGUACGACGAUGUCCCUUUGCCGAAAUAGCUGGUCUUUUUUCGGGGAUUGUAAUUUGUUAGUGUUUUGUAUGUUUUGUGUGUUUCUAAAAAAAAUCCUGAUUGAUAACAGAGAUAUAUUUUAUACUUAUUUAUUGUACAGGCACUCUUACACAAAUCUAAAAGGGACAGCUUUUAAGGGACUAAGUUGUAAUGUAUUUCUGUCUGAUCUGUAAAAACAAACGUAUAAGUUUCACUUUCAGUGUAUAAUUCAAAUAUAAAUGACAUCAACUUUUAAGUUGUAUAUGGAUGUGAUGUAAAUGUAACUGAUUUCAAAGUAAAAAGAAAGUGUAAUACUUUAGAUAAAAAAACGUAUAAAGACUUUUGUACAGAAAUAAAUGAAUAAAUCUUUUUCCUCAUA